AUGAUUUACAAGUUGUUUUUAUUCCCCCUUUUUGUCUUCUCCAUCCAUUUCGUUAAACAUGUGGAAUCCUACUUACCCGGGAUGAAUCCAACGACAUACAAGAAAGGGGACAAGGUUACAAUUAGUGUGAAAAAUUUAUCGAGCAGAAGAGCUGUGACGAGCCUAAACUAUUUCACAUUUCCACUAUGCGCAUCGGAUAAUGAAAACAUAAAGGAAGAAAAAGCACCAAAUAUUUUUAAAAUUUUAUCAGGAGACAAUCUACACAACACAUCAAUAGAAACGACAUUUCUUAAGGACACGAACUGUGCCUUUUAUUGCAAAAUAUUUAUUGAUGACAAUGCUUAUGAUAAAUUAAAACAUUUAAUACUAUACAACUACAAUAUGGUUUAUUCAGUAGACAAUUUGGACAUUUUUCGAAAGGAUCCACGUAGAGAGGGUUCUUAUUACACGGGAAUUCCAAUCGGAUACAUUCAUGAGAAAAAUUACCUACUUUACACCUACUACCAAAUCACCAUUUUAUACAACAACAAUGGGGGACAUUCAGACAAAAAUUAUAUUGUCGGUUUUGAAGUGGAACCCAAGAGCGUGGACUUUGGAAAGGACGAGCGAUGUGAAGAGAACGAAACGAAAAUGCUGAUGAAGAGAAAUAAAUAUGUUACAUUCAAGUACGACAUAAAAUAUGUGGUGAGUGACAACUCAUUUCAGCACAGGUCAGAACAUUACUACAGAAAUUUGAACGAUCAGAGUAUGAUUCAUUGGUUUUCUAUAAUCAACAGUAUAAUAUUGUUCAUCAUUUUGUGUUUUUUUAUAAGUACCAUUUUGAUAAAGGCCUUACAUAAAGAUAUAUAUAAAUAUAAUCGGAUAAAUGCAAAUAUAUUUGAAACAGAUGAUGUGGAUGAUCGUGGAUGGAAAUUGGUCCAUGGAGAUGUAUUUCGAAAGCCUCGAAAUUCAACAUUUUUUUCUGCCUUUGUUGGUGUAGGGAUACAAAUUAUUUUUAUGAUUUUAGUUUGCGUUUUAAUAUUAUUAAUUGGAGUAUAUAAAUAUAAACAAAGAUAUAGAUACAUACAAGUGAUGUUUUUCAUAUGGAUUUUUAUAAGUAGCAUUUCAGGAUAUGCUUCUUCUAGAUUAUAUAAAUUAUUUAAAAGUAAACAUGUUAAGUUGACUAUAUUUAGAACAUCACUUAUAUACCCUUUUAUAUUGUUCUUAAUUUUUUUCCUCAUAAAUCUUGUCUUACAUUAUGAGAAUUCCAAUACAGCUAUUCCCUUUUCUUCCCUAACAUUUGUCUGCAUUCUAUGGUUUGGCAUUUCGGUUCCUUUGAUUUGCCUCGGCUCUUACAUUGGAAAUAAGAAAAGUCCCAUCGAAUUGCCUGUACGUGUUAAUAACAUUCCUCGACAUAUUCCCAAGCAGCCCCCACUCAAUAACUUUGCCCUCUCCUCGCUCCUCGUCGGAUUGAUUCUCUUCGCGACUAUGUACACAGAACUGUUUUUUCUCUUUACAUCUCUCUGGAAGAGCAACAUGUACUACUUAUUUGGAUUUUUAUUUUUGGUGAUUUUUCUCCUUGGACUUCUCAGCGCACAGUUGUCCAUAGCCCUGACAUACUAUACCCUCUCCUGUGAGGACUACAACUGGUGGUGGAAAUCCUUUGUCGCCCCCGGAUCAUCAGGAUUAUUUUUCUUCCUCUACUCUAUUUAUUACUUCUUUGUCAAACUUAGCAUUUCUAGUUUUGCUGAAACUUUUAUUUACUUUGCAUAUUCAUUCAUCAUGUCUUACACAUGCUUUAUAUACACGGGAACGGCUGGAUUCUUGGCCUCCUUCGUUUUUCUGAAGAAGAUUUAUUCAUCCAUAAAGGUUGACUAA